AUGUAGCAGAAUCAGAGUUAUACAAAAAUCAAAUGUCUAUUCAAAGGAUAUGCAGGUAAAGUAUACUUGAUCGAAAGAAGAUCAGAAAAUGAUCCUCCCAAUAAAAAACACACCCCUAUAGUCUUGAAAAGGUAUUACAGAAAAGUAAGCAUAAAUUCGAAUCUAAUAUAGCCUUCUGACCCUCAAGAUCAUACUUAGUUAAAUGAAUACAAGUUUUUGAGUACGUUGCAUCAUCCCAAUAUUGUCAACUUCCUAGAUGCUUUCACAGAAAAAUUUGAAUACAAAAAAUACCUGUGUUUAACGAUGGAAUAUAUGGCACCACUUCAUGAACUAUUAUUCUCCAUUAGCGAUUGCCAACUCUAUAUAUUCAGAGAGCUUUGCGAGGCUUUGAAUUAUCUACAUUAAUAAAAUAUCCUUCAUAGAGAUAUUAAGCCAAGCAAUGUCUUUGUGACAGCAGAAGGAUAAGUUAAGUUAGGAGACUUUGGCAUUUCCACUCAGGCAAGAGAUUUGAUGACUCCUCAAACUUGCACCAAGAAUUACAGGGCCCCAGAAUUAUUCUUUGGCUUAAAAGAAUAUGAUGCGUCAAUUGAUAUUUGGUCCCUAGGCUGCACGUUGAUAGAAUUAUUAACAGGCAAAAUUUUAUUUGAUGGAAGAUCAGAAAUUGAGAUCAUGUCCUAAAUCGCUGAACUCUUGGGAAGCUUGAAUGAUUCAAAUUGGAAAGGAGUCUCAUCCUUACCCAUGUAUUUGGAAUUUGUCAAUGAGAAACAACCCAAAUUGCCUAAGAUCUUGUCCACUCUACCUAAAUAUUUGUAGCCCUUAGUUGAAAAUAUGCUCAGAAUGAAUCCAAAAGAAAGACCAACUAUUAAAUAGGUUUUACAAUACAUAAAUGAAAUGAACAUUCAGGAUUGCUCAAUUUAAUUAGCGAGUAUUGCUCAGAAUGCCAUGAGUGCGAGUAAUAAAAUUAAGUUUCAAUAAGGGAUAUGAUGUUAUAAAAAUAAUUAAAUGAAUUUCGAUUCCUAUUUU